GUGCUGAGAACUGUGUGCGCGGUCGCAGCGCCAGCGGGAGCCCGGGGACCCGCGCGCGAGGCGACCAGAGCGCAGCUGGCUCCUGCCCCGCCGUCGGUCCGCGAGUGGCAGUCUUCUCUCUUGGCUCCUGCGGCUGGCGUGGGAGCUGUCAGCUGCUGGUUGAGAGGGGAUCGGAGUAGCCGGGUUUACUUUCUCUUCCUGGGUCUGCGCUAGCCCGGGAGCCCGGCAUCGGGGAACUAGGCGGUGUCCCUGGCUGCAGUGCGCUCAGGGAUUUCCUGUGGAUCAUUCAAAAUGCUUUUUAGACAUACUGGAUAAGAGCUGAGCCCCCGCCUGUGUGGGAUUCCAUUCUCUGGGCUCCAUUAUCUUCUGAUGGCGUUUUGACUGUGUCAAGGUCAAGUGACUAGCUGCUCAUGAUGAGUGAUGAGAAGAACCUUGCUGUGUCCCAAAAAUUGGUCUCCCCUUCAAGGAGCACAAGCAGCUGUUCCUCCAAGCAGGGAAGCCGGCAGGAGGAAGCUGACUCAGACUUACCAGGUUACUUGCUCAAGGACACACAGCUAGACAGCUGGGAAGUGGUGGAAGGACUGAGGGGGGAGAUGACUUACACCCAGGAGCCACCAGUCCAGAAAGGAUUUUUGCUGAAAAAGAGGAAAUGGCCCUUAAAAGGCUGGCAUAAGAGAUUCUUCUAUCUGGACAAAGGAAUCUUGAAAUAUGCCAAGAGCCAAACUGAUAUAGAGAGAGAGAAGCUGCAUGGCUGCAUUGACGUUGGGCUCUCAGUGAUGUCCGUAAAGAAGUCAUCAAAAUGCAUAGACCUUGACACCGAGGAGCACAUCUACCAUCUGAAGGUGAAGUCAGAAGAAGUCUUUGAUGAGUGGGUAUCCAAACUCCGCCAUCACAGAAUGUAUCGUCAGAAUGAAAUCGCCAUGUUUCCACAUGAAGUUAAUCACUUUUUCUCAGGGUCCACGGUCACAGACUCUGCAUCUGCAGUGUUUGACUCCAUUUCAAGUAGGAAGCAUAGCAGUAUAUCAAAACAGAAUUCAUUUCAAACUGGAAGCAAUUUAUCAUUUUCUUGUGGUGGUGAGACACGAGUUCCAUUAUGGUUACAGUCUUCAGAGGACAUGGAAAAAUGCUCGAAAGACCUGGCACACUGCCAUGCCUACCUGGUGGAAAUGAGCCAGCUCCUACAAAGUAUGGACGUCCUACAUCGGACAUACUCGGCACCAGCUAUCAAUGCCAUCCAGGGUGGAGCUUUUGAAAGUCCCAAAAAGGAAAAAAGAUCGCACAGGAGGUGGCGGUCCAGAGCUAUUGGCAAAGAUGCUAAAGGAAUGCUGCAGGUCCCUAAACCGUUUUUUGGCCCAGUAAGACUGCACUCCUCCAAUCCUAAUUUGUCAACACUAGAUUUUGGAGAAGAGAAAAAUUAUUCCGAUGGCUCUGAAACCUCAUCAGAGUUCUCUAAAAUGCAGGAAGAUCUGUGUCAUAUUGCCCAUAAAGUUUACUUCACUUUAAGGUCAGCUUUUAAUAUCAUGUCAACGGAGAGAGAGAAAAUGAGGCAGCUGAUGGAGCAGGAUACCUCUUCCUCCCCUUGUGCUCAGGUCAUUGGUCUGAAGCACGCCCUGUCAUCCGCCCUAGCACAAAACACAGACCUUAAAGAACGCUUACGCAGAAUCCAUGCUGAGUCUCUGCUCCUCGACCCCCCUGCUGUGGCCAAGUCGGGGGACAAUCUGGCAGAGGAAAAUUCCGGAGAUGAAAACCGAGCUCUAGUCCAUCAGCUUUCCAAUGAAAGUAGACUCUCCAUCACUGACUCCCUCUCAGAGUUUUUUGACGCUCAGGAAGUUCUGUUAUCUCCAAGCUCUUCAGAAAAUGAGAUUUCUGAUGACGAUUCUUAUGUCAGUGAUAUAAGUGACAAUCUUUCCUUAGACAAUCUCAGUAAUGAUUUAGACAAUGAAAGACAAACCUUGGGGCUCGUUCUUGAAGGUGGUGGGGAUGCAAAGUCCAAGAGAAGAACUUGCUUGCCGGCCCCAGGCCCCAACACCAGUAACAUCAGCCUGUGGAACAUCCUGAGGAAUAACAUAGGGAAGGACCUAUCCAAGGUGGCCAUGCCCGUGGAGUUGAAUGAGCCCCUGAACACGCUGCAGAGGCUCUGUGAGGAGCUGGAGUACAGUGAGCUUCUGGACAAGGCUGCACAAAUUCCAAACCCCCUGGAAAGAAUGGUGUAUGUGGCAGCUUUUGCCAUAUCAGCAUAUGCAUCUAGCUACUUCCGAGCUGGGAGCAAACCAUUUAAUCCGGUUCUUGGAGAAACCUAUGAAUGUAUUCGUGAGGACAAGGGCUUCCAGUUUUUUUCAGAACAGGUCAGCCACCACCCACCUAUAUCUGCGUGUCAUGCUGAGUCUAGAAAUUUUGUUUUCUGGCAAGAUGUAAGAUGGAAAAAUAAAUUCUGGGGCAAAUCCAUGGAAAUUGUCCCAAUUGGCACAACACAUGUGACUCUGCCAGCUUUUGGAGAUCAUUUUGAGUGGAACAAAGUGACCUCUUGUAUCCACAACAUCUUAAGCGGCCAGAGAUGGAUUGAGCACUACGGGGAGAUUGUCAUCAGGAACGUGAAUGAUGAUUCCUGCCACUGCAAAGUGAAUUUUAUAAAGGCGAAAUACUGGAGUACCAACGCCCACGAGAUUGAAGGCACGGUGUUUGACAGGAGUGGGAAGGUGGUGCAUCGGCUGUUUGGGAAGUGGCAUGAAAGCAUCUACUGUGGAGGCUCCUCCUCCUCGGCUUGUGUCUGGAGAGCAAAUCCCAUGCCAAAAGGCUAUGAACAAUAUUAUGGCUUCACACAGUUCGCACUAGAAUUAAAUGAAAUGGAUUCAUUGUCAAAGUCUUUUUUGCCACCUACUGACACUCGAUUUAGGCCAGACCAAAGGUUUCUAGAAGAAGGGAACUUAGAAGAAGCUGAAAUACAAAAGCAAAGGAUAGAACAGCUACAGAGAGAGAGGCGACGGGUCUUAGAAGAAAAUUACGGGGAGUACCAGCCUCGGUUUUUCAGGAAAUCGGAUGAUGACUCUUGGCUGAGCAACGGCACCUAUUUAGAACUUAGGAAGGAUCUUGCCUUUUCCAAACUGGACCAUCCUGUCUUGUGGUGAAAAAGGGAAGAAGAAGAGGGAAAUGUUGGUGUACUUCUCCUGUGUGCUUCCUGAAGCAGCACAAACCUGUGUCUGCAUACUUAAAAGAUAAAAUCUGGAAUGAUCACUUGUGCUUAGCUUAGCAUUGUAUUUAAGUAUACAUUUUCUUCAGUGGGUUUCUUCACAAUAUCAAAUGUUAUCAUGAUUGUUUAUGUGAAUGGAGAACACCUUGCCAUUUCUUUUUAUAUAUAAACUACGUAAUAAAAAUGAAGAAUUGAAUGUUAACGUAUGGGUUAAAAAAAGAAGCUUUAACACUAAUUUUCCAAAGGUUAGGGAAAAUUCAAUUCAAAUUUAUGCCUUAUAAAUUAUAUUAGAGAAAAAAAAAUCAACCUCUCCCAGGUGCAUUAAGAAAUAAGCAAAAUACCCGGGGUCACUCACCCAUGCGUAAGCUACCCAAGUUUAAUUUGGUGGCUGAGCUAUCUUUUUGCCUCAGACAGCUCUUGAGUUGCUCAUACAGAACAAUUCUGUUGGUGCUGGAGUCUGAAGAAUAUUUUCAUGUGCAUUUUAGUGAUUGGGGGAGGGUAUAUUAGUGGGAUGUGUUUUAGUAUAUGACGGAUAUGGCACCUUCUUGAUAAAGAAGCAUCUGAGUUCAUUCUUCCCUGUAGUUCCUAUUGCCUUAUGUGCAAAAUCAUACACUCUUGCUCAGAGAAUUUAUCGUUAAUUAGAGACUUCCCCUGUUAAUGAAAUAUCAUAAUGGCAUCCCAUAGAAGUAGGAGGAAAUUUCUCCUUCUCGGGAGCUGAAUCCUUAACAAGAAAUUACUUCCCGCUUCCCACUCCACCCCUAGCUUUCCCACCCCUCCUGUUCGACCAUCUCUGUUGAGUAUGGAAUGUCCCUGUUUAGAAAAAACAUACAGUUCAUUCCACACAGCAGUUUGACUUUCUAAAAGUUUAGCAAAAUAACUGAUUGUUUUGAAUAACUCAACAUGUUUUCUUAAAUACUGUUCUAGUAUUUUCUACCUCUUAAUAAGCACUGUAUUUUAGAUCUUGUAUAAAAAGUUUGACCAUCUGCCUUAUAGACAAACGUAGAGAAUUGAUGUUCUUCCUUCGUGCUGUAUUCUGAUAAAGCUUUAAGUGUCUUAGCCCUUUCCUACAAUUUCUUGUUAUUCAUAUCACUCUUUUUUGAGUUUUGCAGCAGCCUUGAAUAAUAUUAUAAUUUCUAAAAGAGGAAACUUUGUCUUUCUAAAUGUGUUAUUUCGAAUUACAAGAAUAUAAUUUGUUUAGUAGUUGAAUUGUAUUGCCAAAGCAGUUCCACCCUCUGCCCAGAUUAUGUUAAAACCAAAGCCUAAU